GGCGAGAAAGGGCAAAUAUCUAGCUGGAGGACAACCCCCAGCAACUCUCGGGACUGAGGAGUCCAGUUUUAACCAGCAAGGAUUACUGACACACAUGAUUUCCGCUCACUCAUUUAUUUGUUUCAGGGACCACAUCGAUGAGACCAUUACGAUCGAGCCAGGUCGACCAAACGGGUUCAGUCCGGUGAGACUAACUGUCAGCUUUACUGCAGGCAUUCUGCCAGCCCACUUACAGACCAUGGCAGUUUGUCACGGCGGAGCUCUGGCAGUCAUCCGUGCCAAAACCUUCCCGCAGUUUCUGCGGGACGGUGCUGUCAUUGGCCUCCAAUUCGGUGGCAACCACGGCGUGACUAUCCUUAUGGACAGCUUUGAAAAGGCUCGUAUACAGCGAACCGUGAUAAUAGCAGUUGAUGGCACUGGAAGCAGUGUUGAUGCUAGUAAUAGUGACCAUAUUUCCGGGUCUGCAAAAACAGUUGCUCGGCCCCGGUUGAAGAUUGUCUGUGGUCCAACAUUCUCAAAUCGCCGAAACUUGACAUCGAAAAUACAUACGAUAUACUCGAGGUGGGAGAGGUACAUUCAGGCCGGUAUAAGGUCCAUGUGGAGGUUGAUGUGGAGAACGCCGUGCUGUAUUAUUCACAUCAGUUUGAUCAGGAUCCCGGCGACCCAGGGCUGGCAUUGGAACUAGAUGUCUACGUUGAUCCUGGAAUCAAUUGAAUGCUUGCUGUGCAAUGCAGCGAGCCCAGCCAUUCUCCAGGUCUACAUAGGGCGGUCUAGAGGAAUAUAUCCGAAGAGCGUGGGCAAUCCUCUGAAUAGAUGGUAGAGGUUCUUACUCAAGGGUGUCCGUGAAAGCUAUAACUAUGAUUGGAAGAUAAGCAGAGACCUGUGUAUAUACGAGUCGGCUGAAUACAUUUCAUUCCCGC